ACACCCCGAGGGGCAGGCGGGCGUCAGGGGCGCUCCCCGUCCUGAAGGAGGGCAGGGGCCGUCUUCAUCCCCCCAAGGACGCGCACAGACGUCCUUGGGCACCGCAGACGGAUGUGAGCCCGUUCCUCAUUCCUCAUGCAAAGCAGCCGUCUACACAUAACGCGUGACAUCAGCUCGGGCUUUUCAAUUCCUGGAUGGCCGCAGCCGCUGAUCCAGCCUGCAGCCUGGAUUGCGCGACCUAGGCCCAGAGCGCCUGUCAGGGGACGCAGCUGCGGCUGCCCGGAGGGGGAACUGGUGACGGCGGCGCACGGACGGAGGACCCGCAGGCCCGAGGGCAUCCCGGCGCGAGUAUAAAGCUCGCAAUCGCGCCGGCAGAGGCUCAGCCCCCGCUUGGGACGGCCGCUGCCCCACAGCCCCGACCGCAGGAGGAGCCGCGCCGCGCCGCGCCCCGGGAAGCAUGCGGACGAGCCCGCUGCUGCUGCUGCUGCUGGCCGCGCUCCUGGCGCCCGCGCCCGCCGCCCCCGCGCCCGGGGCCGCGGCGUCCUGGAGCGCCAAGUACGCGGUGGACUGCCCCGAGCGCUGCGACCGCGACGCGUGCAGAAGCCCCCAGCGCUGCGAGAGGACCGUGCUGGACGACUGCGGCUGCUGCCGCGUGUGCGCCGCCCGGCGCGGGGCGACCUGCUACCGCACCGUGUCGGGCAUGGACGGCGUCAAGUGCGGCCCGGGGCUGCAGUGUCAGUUCUACAGCGAGGAGGACGAUUUUGGUGACGAGUAUGGCGUCUGCAAAGACUGCCCCUACGGCACCUUCGGCGUGGAGUGCAAGGAGACCUGCUCCUGUCCGCUGGGCGUGUGUGACAGGGUGACCGGCAAGUGCCUGAAGUUUCCCUUCUUCCAGAACGCGGCCACCAAGCCUUCCGACAGUUUGGUGUCUCACACAAAGCACGACAUGGCAUCAGGGGACGGCAAUACGGUGACACAAGGCGAGGGGAAGGAGAGCACUGCCCUGACGACCGAGAUGCGACGGCUAAAUCCACGCUGACCCACGCCGCCGGCAGGAGACUGCUGGAACGACCGGCCGACGCGCGGCCAACGUUGUAGGCAUUGUUUAGGUUAGAGCGUAGGUAAUGUUUGGAGACCAAGCACGGUUCAGGGUGGGUCCAGGGACACAAGCAGGCUACUAACAAUCCAUAAAAUGCAUAGGGCUGAACAUUUAGAUAUCUGCUGAACAUGUCGAUGCAUAUAGAUUUGUUAGAUAACUGUUUAUAGCAAUACUGAAGAA